AUGGGCUCAUCUCCUCUCAUUUCCAUCGUGGGAUAUGAUGGUGGAGGCAUUCAGCUACUCUGUCAGUCCUCUGGUUGGCUAUCCCAGCCCAUAGCGAAGUGGAAAGGUCCAGAAGGACUUGAUUUACCUUCAGACUUCAAAGUGAACAAAGACAUGCAUGGUCUGUUUCAUGUGGAGACCACCCUUACAGUCCACAAAAAUUCUGGAAUUAUAUCCUGUUCCAUCCAACUUGCUGACCAGAAACGAGAAGUGAAAUCCAGACUAUUCAUAGGAAAGACAUUUUUCUACACAUCACCCCGGUUACAACCUUCUAUUAUGCUGAUGGUCCUCUGCAUUGGUGGAGCUGUUUGCAUCAUUGGGGAAUAUGUCAGGAAGAAUUACGUAAGUGCCUUGUUAUGUUUGGACUCUUCCACACUCACUUCUCUUGAAGCCUGCAGUGUGAGCUAUCUGUUCCCUAUCAUGAUUCCACAUGGUACAGAAAGCUCAGCUUCAGCAAUGAGAGCAGCUGAAUUCAAAGAAGCCCAGAAACAUGCAGUGAAAGUGACUCUGGACCCUGACACAGCCCACCCCAACCUCUACAUUUCUAAGAUGCAAGCUGUAAUAUGUAACAGUCAUCCCCAGGAUGUACCCUGCUCAAAGAAGAGAUUUAAGAGAAGGUGUGUGGUGGCUAUUCAGGGUUUCCAGUCUGGGAAACAUUACUGGGAAGUGGGUGUGGGAAACAAUAACAUGUGGUACUUAGGGGUAUGCCGGGAUGAUGUGGACAGGAAUGAAAAGUAUGUGAUUUUGUCUCCAAACAAUGGGUACUGGGUUCUUGGACUAGAGAGGGAAAAUUUUUAUUUUGUAAGUAAUCCCAAUAGAAUCUACUUCUUCCUAGAAUCCAAUCCCAGUCGAGUGGGUGUCUUCCUGGACUAUGAGGGUGGGACCCUCUCAUUCUUUAAUGUGGAUGAUCAGUCCCUCAUUUACACUCUGACAUAUCAGUUUGAAGGGUUAUUGAAGCCUUUCAUUCAGCAUAAUUCACAAUAUGAGGAAAAUAUGACUCCCAUAGUCAUCUGCCCUGUGCCAUCGUGA